AUGACAGAAAAAAGAGUUAUACGACGUCCAAAGGAUGUUGUUCAAAAAGAACUUUCAUCAUAUAAUGAAUUAUAUCAAGAUUCAACAUUUGUCGAUCAACGAAAAGUUCAAUAUAAAACGCUAGUAACGAAUUAUUAUAGUUUAACAACAGAUGGCUAUGAAUAUGCUUGGGCAGUAAGAAUGGAACUUAAACCAGGAGAUAAAGUAUUUGACAUCGGUUGUAGAGUUGGAAGACCAUUAAGAUGUAUUACAUACUUAACUGGAGCACAUGUUACCGGUAUAACAAUUAGUCAAUAUCAAGUUCAAUGA